GGCAAAUACUACAAUAAGUAUUCUAAAGCCACAGCGAAGGGGAGGAGGAUGAAGCGGCGCAAUGCGGACUGCAGCAAACUCCGACGGCCGUUAAAACGGAACCGAAUCACCGAGGGUAUAUACGGCAGCACAUUUCUCUACCUGAAGUUCUUGGUGGUGUGGGCGUUGGUGCUGCUUGCAGACUUUGUGCUGGAAUUCAGAUUUGAAUACCUCUGGCCGUUCUGGCUCUUCAUUCGGAGUGUGUACGACUCCUUCAGAUACCAGGGCCUGGCAUUCUCGGUGUUCUUUGUGUGUGUGGCGUUUACAUCAGACAUUAUAUGCCUGCUCUUCAUACCAGUACAAUGGCUCUUCUUUGCUGCCAGCACUUACGUAUGGGUGCAAUAUGUCUGGCACACAGAAAGAGGGGUGUGCCUCCCUACUGUGUCUUUAUGGAUACUCUUCGUAUAUAUAGAGGCAGCUAUCAGAUUCAAGGAUCUGAAAAACUUUCACGUCGACUUAUGUCGUCCAUUCGCAGCGCACUGCAUUGGUUACCCAGUGGUAACACUGGGCUUUGGCUUUAAAAGCUAUGUGAGCUAUAAGAUGCGCCUGCGAAAACAGAAGGAGGUGCAGAAGGAGAAUGAGUUCUACAUGCAGCUCCUGCAGCAGGCCUUGCCCCCAGAGCAGCAGAUGCUCCAGAGACAAGAACGCGAGGCUGAGGAGGCAGCUAAGGGAGUCCAUGAUACGGACCCACCACCUGUCUCCCAAAAUGGCGCCCCGGGUGGCAAAAAGCUGCCGCCUGGAUCUCUGCCUGAGCUGGAAUACCGGGAUAAAGGGAAAGGGGAGGGGAGGGAAUCGAAAAAACAACAACAACAGCAACAGCAACAGCAACAGAGCAGCAUCCUGCCAGCGGUGGACUGUAAACUGCAGGAGAUGGAGUACAUGGAGAACCAUGUGAACAGCAAGAGACUGAGCAGCUCUGAGCUGCUGGGCAGCACUGAGAACCUGCUGCUCAAGGAGGACAACUCUUCAUCCUCCUGCUCCUCCUCCUCUUCAUCCUCCAACUCCACCUCUUCCAAAAAUUACAAGAAUGCCAGCGGCGGGGCGGCCAGCAACUCCUCGCCCCGUAGCCACAGCACUGCCGCCAACGGCAUCGUGCCCUCAUCCGGGCCUUCCUCCUCCUCAUCAUCAUCCUCUUCUUCAGGGAAAGGGGACAGGAAGCAGAAAUGCGGUGGAGGUAAAAGCUCAGGGCCUGCCUCCCACAGGGAUCCUGUGGACAACUGCAUUCCCAAUAACCAGCUCAGUAAACCUGAGGCACUCGUUAGACUGGAGCAAGAUGUGAAGAAACUUAAGGCAGACCUGCAGGCCAGCCGGCAGGUGGAGCAGGACCUGCGCAGUCAGCUUGGCUCUCUGGGCAGCUCCGAGCGCACUGUCCGCUCCGAACUCAACCAGCUCCGCCAGGAAAAUGAGCUUCUUCAAAACAAACUCCAUAAUGCUGUCCAGGCAAAGCAGAAGGAUAAGCAGACAGUGGGGCAGCUGGAGAAGCGUCUGAAGGCGGAGCAGGAGGCUCGGGCAGCUGCGGAGAAACAGCUGGCUGACGAGAAGAAACGCAAGAAGCUGGAGGAGGCCUCAGCAGCCAGAGCUGUCGCACUCGCCGCAGCAUCCAGAGGUGAAUGCACAGAGACUCUGAGGAGGAGGAUCAGUGAAUUAGAGACAGAAUGUAAGAAACUCACCAUGGACAUCAAGCUCAAAGAGGACCAGAUGAGAGAGUUAGAGCUUAAAGUACAGGAGCUCCAUAAAUAUAAAGAGAAUGAGAAGGAUACAGAGGUUCUUAUGUCAGCGCUUUCUGCCAUGCAGGAGAAGACCCAGCACCUGGAGAAUAGUCUCAGUGCAGAGACCAGGAUCAAACUAGACCUGUUCUCAGCGCUAGGAGACGCCAAGAGACAGCUAGAGAUUGCACAAGGUCAGAUCCUACAGAAAGAACAGGAGAUAAAGGACCUGAAGCAGAAGAUUGCCGAGGUGAUGGCUGUUAUGCCCAGUAUUGGUUACUCCACAGACACCAGCAGUAUGAACCCAGUCACUCCACACUACUCCUCGAAAUUCAUGGACACCAGCCCGUCAGGCCUGGACCCCAACGCUUCCGUCUACCAGCCCCUCAAAAAAUGAAUGCUCGCUCGUUCCCAGACCUUUCUUUCAUUGGCCCAGAUUCAGAUUCAGCUUUGGCAUAUCUGUGGCCAAGAAUGUCUUUCUUUCUUUCUUUUUUUUUUUUUCUUUCCUCUUCUACGUCUCGCCCGGUGGGAAGGAUGUUGUAUUGUGUGACUGUAUGUGCUGUAGUAGAAACAAAAGACAAAAAAAGAAACUUUUAAAAGGGACACGUCGACGUUAGGAACCCGAUGGCUUUG